ACUCCGACAGGUGAGGCCACUCCACUAAGACAACAGAACACUGGGAAGACUCCGACAGAUUUCAGUUUGAUCUGAAAGAUGAUGCGCACAAUGAUGAUGUCAGAGUGUCUGCUGUUUCUGCUGUCCAUGCAGGCUGCUGCUGGGGUUGUCUCAGGUGCAGUGGUCGGCAGCUGCUCAGCGUGUCACAUCCAGGCGAUCUGUCUGGAGUCCAACACCGACCAGAGGGGCGACUCUCUUUCCGUCCGGUCGCUCACAUGCGCCUGCAAAGAAGGCUUCGUGGGUGACGGCCUCGCCUGCCAACCGCACCUCCGCUCGCCCCCGUACCCUGACGACAGCAGUGGUCCAGACCCUCGCUCCGUGACUUUCAGCUGUGGAAGCACGCAGUGUCCCCCUGGCCAAGACUGCCUCAACGUAAAUGGCCAACGCUGCUUGGACCCCUGCCAGCACUACACUAACAUGACCGACGACAGGAGGUCCGUCCACAACCCAUAUAACUCUUCUGAUGUCCUGAACGACGGUGGCGUCCGCUGGAAAGGAGAAUGGUAUCGACUGUUUCUUGGGGGGCGUGACGCACAGAUGCCGACAAACUGCGUUCCGGCGCGUCACUGCGGAACAGCUAUACCGUGGUGGAUUAACGGCUCUAAUCCACUUCCCUCCAACGGAGUGGUUGAGCGAAGCGUUUGUGGGAACGGCAACAUCUGCUGCAAAUAUGACCGAGGUCCCCUAUAUGUCAAAGCGUGCCCCGGAGGUUUCUAUGUCUACAAGUUUUUUAUUACCGGGGUCUCACCGACCGCAUUUUGUGCAACUCUCUCAGACCAGAACACCACAGUGGUCCCUCCAACAUCCCCCCCUAGGAGUGGGGAGCUGCGUCUGGCUGGGGGGAACACUUCCUGCUCUGGCAGAGUGGAGAUCUACCACCAGGACCAGUGGGGGACGGUGUGUGAUGACAGCUGGGACCUGCAGGAUGCUGAGGUGGUGUGCAGACAGCUGGGCUGUGGCCGCGCCCUGUCUGCUACUUCAUCUGCCAGCUUCGGCCAGGGCAGAGGGCCCAUCUGGCUGGACGAUGUCAGGUGUUCAGGGUCAGAGUCCUCCCUGACACAGUGCAGACAUCGGGGCUUCAGCUCACACAACUGUGGACACAGUGAAGAUGCCGGGGUCGUCUGUGAGGCUGGUGCUCCUCUGAGAUUGGUCAACGGUUACCUUGACAACCCUGCCUGCUCCGGGAGAGUGGAGAUCUACCACCAGGACCAGUGGGGGACGGUGUGUGAUGACAUCUGGGGUCUGAGCCAUGCCCAGGUGGUGUGCAGACAGCUUGGCUGUGGCAGCGCCCUGUCUGCUCCAACAUCUGCCAGCUUCGGCCAGGGCAGCGGGAACAUCUGGCUGGAUGAUGUCAGGUGUUCGGGGUCAGAGUUCUCCCUGACAGAGUGCAGCCAUCAGGGCUUCGGCUCACACAACUGUGGACACCAUGAAGAUGCCGGGGUCGUCUGUGAGGCUAGUGCUCAGCUGAGAUUGGUCAACGGUUACUCUGGCAACCCUGCCUGCUCCGGGAGAGUGGAGAUCUACCACCAGGACCAGUGGGGGACGGUGUGUGAUGACAUCUGGGACCUGCAGGAUGCUGAGGUGGUGUGCAGACAGCUGGGCUGUGGCAGCGCCGUUUCUGCUCCGAUGCACGCCAGCUUCGGCCAGGGCAGCGGGCAAAUCUGGCUGGACGACGUCAGGUGUUCGGGGUCAGAGUCCUCCCUGACAAACUGCAGCCAUCAGGGCUUCGGCUCACACAACUGUGGACACCAUGAAGAUGCCGGGGUCAUCUGUGAGGUGAGUCGAGGGAUCUCCACCACCACCCCUCCUCCCUCCACCACCCUGGUACCCACCACCCCUUCAGGAGCGGAGGGAGAGUUACGUCUGGCCGGGGGAAACAGUUUCUGCUCUGGGAGAGUGGAGAUCUACCACCAGGGCCAGUGGGGGACGGUGUGUGACGACAUCUGGGGUCUGAGCCAUGCCCAGGUGGUGUGCAGACAGCUGGGCUGUGGCAGCGCCGUUUCUGCUCCGAUGCACGCCAGCUUCGGCCAGGGCAGCGGGCAAAUCUGGCUGGACGACGUCAGGUGUUCGGGGUCAGAGUCCUCCCUGACAAACUGCAGCCAUCAGGGCUUCGGCUCACACAACUGUGGACACCAUGAAGAUGCCGGGGUCAUCUGUGAGGUGAGUCGAGGGAUCUCCACCACCACCACUCCUCCUCCCUCCACCACCCUGGUACCCACCACCCCUUCAGGAGCGGAGGGAGAGUUACGUCUGGCCGGGGGAAACAGUUUCUGCUCUGGGAGAGUGGAGAUCUACCACCAGGGCCAGUGGGGGACGGUGUGUGACGACAUCUGGGGUCUGAGCCAUGCCCAGGUGGUGUGCAGACAGCUGGGCUGUGGCAGCGCCGUUUCUGCUCCGAUGCACGCCAGCUUCGGCCAGGGCAGCGGGCAAAUCUGGCUGGACGACGUCAGGUGUUCGGGGUCAGAGUCCUCCCUGACAAACUGCAGCCAUCAGGGCUUCGGCUCACACAACUGUGGACACCAUGAAGAUGCCGGGGUCAUCUGUGAGGUGAGUCGAGGGAUCUCCACCACCACCCCUCCUCCCUCCACCACCCUGGUACCCACCAGCCCUUCAGGAGCGGAGGGAGAGUUACGUCUGGCUGGGGGAAACAGUUCCUGCUCUGGCAGAGUGGAGAUCUACCAACAGGGCCAGUGGGGGACGGUGUGUGAUGACAUCUGGGGUCUGAGCCAUGCCCAGGUGGUGUGCAGACAGCUGGGCUGUGGCAGCGCCCUGUCUGCUCCAACAUCUGCCAGCUUCGGCCAGGGCAGCGGGCCCAUCUGGCUGGACAAUGUCAGGUGUUCGGGGUCAGAGUCCUCCCUGACAAACUGCAGCCAUCAGGGCUUCGGCUCACACAACUGUGGACACCAUGAAGAUGCCGGGGUCGUCUGUGAGGCUAGUGCUCAGCUGAGAUUGGUCAACGGUUACUCUGGCAACCCUGCCUGCUCCGGGAGAGUGGAGAUCUACCACCAGGACCAGUGGGGGACGGUGUGUGAUGACAUCUGGGACCUGCAGGAUGCUGAGGUGGUGUGCAGACAGCUGGGCUGUGGCAGCGCCGUUUCUGCUCCGAUGCACGCCAGCUUCGGCCAGGGCAGCGGGCCCAUCUGGCUGGACGACGUCAGGUGUUCGGGGUCAGAGUCCUCCCUGGCGAACUGCAGCCAUCCAGGCUUCAGUUCACACAACUGUAGACACAGUGAAGAUGCCGGGGUCGUCUGUGAGGUGAGUCGAGGGAUCUCCACCACCACCACCCCUCCUCCCUCCACCACCCUGGUACCCACCACCCCUUCAGGAGCGGAGGGAGAGUUACGUCUGGCCGGGGGAAACAGUUUCUGCUCUGGGAGAGUGGAGAUCUACCACCAGGGCCAGUGGGGGACGGUGUGUGACGACAUCUGGGGUCUGAGCCAUGCCCAGGUGGUGUGCAGACAGCUGGGCUGUGGCAGCGCCGUUUCUGCUCCGAUGCACGCCAGCUUCGGCCAGGGCAGCGGGCAAAUCUGGCUGGACGACGUCAGGUGUUCGGGGUCAGAGUCCUCCCUGACAAACUGCAGCCAUCAGGGCUUCGGCUCACACAACUGUGGACACCAUGAAGAUGCCGGGGUCAUCUGUGAGGUGAGUCGAGGGAUCUCCACCACCACCACUCCUCCUCCCUCCACCACCCUGGUACCCACCACCCCUUCAGGAGCGGAGGGAGAGUUACGUCUGGCCGGGGGAAACAGUUUCUGCUCUGGGAGAGUGGAGAUCUACCACCAGGGCCAGUGGGGGACGGUGUGUGACGACAUCUGGGGUCUGAGCCAUGCCCAGGUGGUGUGCAGACAGCUGGGCUGUGGCAGCGCCGUUUCUGCUCCGAUGCACGCCAGCUUCGGCCAGGGCAGCGGGCAAAUCUGGCUGGACGACGUCAGGUGUUCGGGGUCAGAGUCCUCCCUGACAAACUGCAGCCAUCAGGGCUUCGGCUCACACAACUGUGGACACCAUGAAGAUGCCGGGGUCAUCUGUGAGGUGAGUCGAGGGAUCUCCACCACCACCCCUCCUCCCUCCACCACCCUGGUACCCACCAGCCCUUCAGGAGCGGAGGGAGAGUUACGUCUGGCUGGGGGAAACAGUUCCUGCUCUGGCAGAGUGGAGAUCUACCAACAGGGCCAGUGGGGGACGGUGUGUGAUGACAUCUGGGGUCUGAGCCAUGCCCAGGUGGUGUGCAGACAGCUGGGCUGUGGCAGCGCCCUGUCUGCUCCAACAUCUGCCAGCUUCGGCCAGGGCAGCGGGCCCAUCUGGCUGGACAAUGUCAGGUGUUCGGGGUCAGAGUCCUCCCUGACAAACUGCAGCCAUCAGGGCUUCGGCUCACACAACUGUGGACACCAUGAAGAUGCCGGGGUCGUCUGUGAGGCUAGUGCUCAGCUGAGAUUGGUCAACGGUUACUCUGGCAACCCUGCCUGCUCCGGGAGAGUGGAGAUCUACCACCAGGACCAGUGGGGGACGGUGUGUGAUGACAUCUGGGACCUGCAGGAUGCUGAGGUGGUGUGCAGACAGCUGGGCUGUGGCAGCGCCGUUUCUGCUCCGAUGCACGCCAGCUUCGGCCAGGGCAGCGGGCCCAUCUGGCUGGACGACGUCAGGUGUUCGGGGUCAGAGUCCUCCCUGGCGAACUGCAGCCAUCCAGGCUUCAGUUCACACAACUGUAGACACAGUGAAGAUGCCGGGGUCGUCUGUGAGGUGAGUCGAGGGAUCUCCACCACCACCACCCCUCCUCCCUCCACCACCCUGGUACCCACCACCCCUUCAGGAGCGGAGGGAGAGUUACGUCUGGCCGGGGGAAACAGUUUCUGCUCUGGGAGAGUGGAGAUCUACCACCAGGGCCAGUGGGGGACGGUGUGUGACGACAUCUGGGGUCUGAGCCAUGCCCAGGUGGUGUGCAGACAGCUGGGCUGUGGCAGCGCCGUUUCUGCUCCGAUGCACGCCAGCUUCGGCCAGGGCAGCGGGCAAAUCUGGCUGGACGACGUCAGGUGUUCGGGGUCAGAGUCCUCCCUGACAAACUGCAGCCAUCAGGGCUUCGGCUCACACAACUGUGGACACCAUGAAGAUGCCGGGGUCAUCUGUGAGGUGAGUCGAGGGAUCUCCACCACCACCCCUCCUCCCUCCACCACCCUGGUACCCACCACCCCUUCAGGAGCGGAGGGAGAGUUACGUCUGGCCGGGGGAAACAGUUUCUGCUCUGGGAGAGUGGAGAUCUACCACCAGGGCCAGUGGGGGACGGUGUGUGACGACAUCUGGGGUCUGAGCCAUGCCCAGGUGGUGUGCAGACAGCUGGGCUGUGGCAGCGCCGUUUCUGCUCCGAUGCACGCCAGCUUCGGCCAGGGCAGCGGGCAAAUCUGGCUGGACGACGUCAGGUGUUCGGGGUCAGAGUCCUCCCUGACAAACUGCAGCCAUCAGGGCUUCGGCUCACACAACUGUGGACACCAUGAAGAUGCCGGGGUCGUCUGUGAGGCUAGUGCUCAGCUGAGAUUGGUCAACGGUUACUCUGGCAACCCUGCCUGCUCCGGGAGAGUGGAGAUCUACCACCAGGACCAGUGGGGGACGGUGUGUGAUGACAUCUGGGACCUGCAGGAUGCUGAGGUGGUGUGCAGACAGCUGGGCUGUGGCAGCGCCGUUUCUGCUCCGAUGCACGCCAGCUUCGGCCAGGGCAGCGGGCCCAUCUGGCUGGACGACGUCAGGUGUUCGGGGUCAGAGUCCUCCCUGGCGAACUGCAGCCAUCCAGGCUUCAGUUCACACAACUGUAGACACAGUGAAGAUGCCGGGGUCGUCUGUGAGGUGAGUCGAGGGAUCUCCACCACCACCACCCCUCCUCCCUCCACCACCCUGGUACCCACCAGCCCUUCAGGAGCGGAGGGAGAGUUACGUCUGGCCGGGGGAAACAGUUUCUGCUCUGGGAGAGUGGAGAUCUACCACCAGGGCCAGUGGGGGACGGUGUGUGACGACAUCUGGGGUCUGAGCCAUGCCCAGGUGGUGUGCAGACAGCUGGGCUGUGGCAGCGCCGUUUCUGCUCCGAUGCACGCCAGCUUCGGCCAGGGCAGCGGGCAAAUCUGGCUGGACGACGUCAGGUGUUCGGGGUCAGAGUCCUCCCUGACAAACUGCAGCCAUCAGGGCUUCGGCUCACACAACUGUGGACACCAUGAAGAUGCCGGGGUCAUCUGUGAGGUGAGUCGAGGGAUCUCCACCACCACCACCCCUCCUCCCUCCACCACCCUGGUACCCACCACCCCUUCAGGAGCGGAGGGAGAGUUACGUCUGGCCGGGGGAAACAGUUUCUGCUCUGGGAGAGUGGAGAUCUACCACCAGGGCCAGUGGGGGACGGUGUGUGACGACAUCUGGGGUCUGAGCCAUGCUCAGGUGGUGUGCAGACAGCUGGGCUGUGGCAGCGCCGUCUCUGCUCCAACACAUGCCAGCUUCGGCCAGGGCAGCGGGCCCAUCUGGCUGGACAAUGUCAGAUGUUCGGGGUCAGAGUCCUCCCUGACAGAGUGCAGCCAUCGGGGCUUUGGAUCACACAACUGUAGACACCAUGAAGAUGCCGGGGUCGUCUGUGAGGUUUUUCGAGUGAUCACCACCACCACCCUUCCUCCAACCACCACCACCAUCACCCCAGAGUUGGUUUGUGGGAGGAGCUACCUGGAUGUGGGUCUCCUCAAGUCUCAGCUAGCAGCCAAACGUUUGGACUCCUCCUCUGCUCACCUGGCCAACGCCCGCUGCUCCGCCCAUCAGGAGAUUAACGGGACGGUGUGGUUCCAGAUGGAGCGCUGGGAGGGCAGCUGUGGAACCACUCUGACGACCAACGGCAGCCACGCCAUCUACUCCAACAGUCUGUUUGUCUACCCGGUCAGUGAGACCAUGGUUCAACCCCUGAGGAUCCCUUUCUCCUGCUCCUAUCCUCUGGAGACAGAGGCCAGCCUGGAUGUGGCCAUCAAACCAUACCUGGAUCUUGAAGGUGCGGAGAAAGAUGAGGGUUCCCAGGCCAGGGCCUCCAUGUCUCUGUUCCGUGAUGCCAACUACACAGCUCCUUACUCUGCAGGCCCAGUCACUCUGCCCCUGGGCUCCAUCCUGCAUGUGGGCGUGUCUGUUGAAGAGACGGACGCUGAGGCUUUUGUGGUCGUUCUGGAGGACUGCUACGCCACCCACUCCCCUGAUCCUGAUGACCUCCUGAAAUACUUCCUCAUCCAGCACAAGUGUUCUACCGACCGUCACCAGGUGACCGUGGAGGAGAGUGGCUUGUCCCUCCAGGCUCGCUUCUCUGCGCUGCUGUUCCUGUUCCAGGGGGACUACAGGGACGUCUACCUGCACUGCAGCCUCAACCUGUGUGACCAGAGGACCUCCUCCUGCUCUCCUAUGUGUUCAGGAAGGUCUGUCCGCUCUGUUGACGAACUCAUACCCCUCAAGCCCGUCACCAUCGGACCAAUCACCUGGGUCCAGAGUCUGGAGUGAGCUGAUGAAGUCACACCUCCCUCAGAACGGCUUCAUGACCAUCCCUAUGGCAACCAGCUCAGGCUCUCUCCUGUCUCCUGUCUUUUUAAAAUGUUAACCCUAGAAAGUAUGACAGAACACCCUGCAAAUUAUUAACUUUAAACAUUAAAUUGUGGGUUACGGUUUAUAGAGGUUUGCAUUCUAUAGUCAUUUUUACUAUAGGGAAUAGUGGGAACACUGGGUAAUAAGUAUACUCAAUUAACGUACUACUUUUCUUUAACUUAAUCAUGUAUCUGGAACCGAAGCAGGGAUUGUUUAUGUAAUAAUCAAGGCUUUAUGAAUUCUGUCUCUAAUAAAGAAAUAACCAUUAUUAUCA